AUGACGACCGUUACAAGUGGCAAUUCAUUGAACAAUAAUCGCAGUAGUAAUAAUACAUCACCUGCUUCAUUUAAUCUAGCAGAAGAACCAACACCAAUAAUAACAUCACCGCCGCUAUCAGCAUCAUUGCCUUCUUCCUCUUCGUUAACAUCAUCUCGGGAUCGAUGCCGUCGUUGUCAACAACUUGUCUAUUGUACAGAACGCAUUGGUCCUGUUAAAGAUGCUCUUUAUCAUAAAUUAUGUUUUAAAUGUUUAAAAUGUGAUCGCCAAUUAGAUUUUAAAACCUAUUUUACAAAUUCAAUUGAUUUGAACGAUAAAGAAAUUUAUUGUCAAAGUCAUGUGCCUCGAUCUGGUAAAGGUGUUUUUUCAACGGAAAAUAUUCACAUACAAAAUGUUAUGAAAGCACCGAAAUUAAAUGUCAUGCAAAAACUUGAUGAUCGUCAUACCGGUAUUCAUUUGGAUUCUCACUCGGUUUCAAUUGUGCAUGCUAUGAAAGCGCAACAAAUGUUUCAGCAAGGUCGUGAAAAAGUUUCUGCUAUACACAAAUUUCCAGCAUUACCACCAGAUAUGAUAAGAGCACGCGAAGAAGUACGUCGUGCUCAAAAAUCUUUAGAAGAAAAACAACGUCAAGAAGAAGAUCAAUUGUUUAUGAAAUUUCGAAAUGCUCGUGAAAUAGAAGAGAAAAAAAUUGAACGAGAAGUAACCGAUGAAUGGGAAAAGAGAUUACAAAUGCUUACAGCCAAAUAUGAAGAAGAUUUGCAACGGAAAAAAGAUAAAAUUAUUGAGCCUGAAUUAACACUUCGGUUUUCAAAAGAAAAAGCUGAACUUGAACGAAAUAUGACAUUGAAACGAGAUAAAAAACGAGAAAUGGCUCGAAAACAAUUAAUGGAAAAAGAACAAGAAACAACACAUUCACUCGUUUCAAAAUUUAGUAAAGAAAUGAUCACUCUAAUACAAGAAAAAGAACUAGCAGUACUUACAGAAAAUGGUGUUGAUGAUCAUCGAGCAAUAACGUUGCUUCUGCAACCUCCACCACCUCAACCUCCGCGUCGUCGUAAACGUGAUCUAUAUGAAGAUCCAUCCGUAUUUGAACAUGUCGAUCAACAAGCGAUUGCAGUUGCUGAAAGUGAACAAACAUCUUAUACAGAAUUAGUCGAUCAACUAACAUAUGGUUUAUUAACAGAUUUAGAAAAAUCAAGGGCAAUAUUCCGGUGGAUUACUGUAAAAGAUUUAAAUGCUAUUGAUUUUCAAAAUAAUCUCGCUGCCGAUACACCUAUGGGUUUAUUACGUGGGAUAAAAUAUGGUACAGAAACUUAUCAUACAUUAUUCAUGCGUCUAUGCAGUUUUGCUGCGUUACACUGCGUGGAUGUGAAAGGUCAUUCGAAAAGUGUUGGCUACGAACCAGGUAUGCGUAUUGGCGAAGGAAAAUUUACCAAUACAUGGAAUGCUGUUGUCAUUGAUGGUGAAUGGAGAUUUGUUCAAUGUAAUUGGGGCGCUAGACAUUUAGUAAUGAGUAAAGAUAAAAAGGAAGCAGAUAUAGCACCACCAAAACCAACAAGAGAAAAGAUCAAAUAUCAAUACGAUGAACAUUAUUUUCUACCUGAUCCAGACGAUUUUAUUCUUGAAUUUUUUCCAUAUAAAAACGAUUGGCAAUUACUUGAAUCGCCCAUAACAUUACAACAAUUCGAACAAUUGCCUUUCGUUCGUUCACUAUUUUUUCAUUAUCAUCUAUCAUUUGUUAAUCAACAACACGCAAUCAUACAGACUGACAAUCGUGGUGCAUGCGAUAUUAAAUUACGUAUGCCGGAUUCGCUGAAGCAACGUUUAGCGUUUCAUUUUCAUUUACGUUUUUCAAAUACUGGACAAACAGAAGAUUCAAAUGAUUUUCAAGGCAUUAAACUUGAACGUUAUGUAUUGCAUACAAUACAAGAUGAUCUCGUGUCAUUUAAUAUUCAUCUACCACAAGAAGGAGAUUAUUUUAUAGAAAUUUUUGCAUCACUUGUCGAACCUGAUCCAAAUCCAUUUGGACAAAGUUUUAAAUUAAAAUGUGUGUGUAAAUAUCGUAUCGUAUGUAAAGAAUUAACUCAAAGAAUGCAUGCUCUUCCAACUUGUGCAUCAGGUGAAUGGGGUCCAGCAAAAGCUAUACGUCAUUUUAAUAUUCAUCCUUUGACACACUUCCAAGCUAUUUUUGAAACAAAUCAUUUACCAGUUAUUGUUAAAUUUAAAUGUCCAAAAUUACUUAAAUUUCAUGCAAAACUCAAUUCCAAUCAAUAUCCAUCCACUAGUAGCGAUACCAAUGCAUUGUCGAAUACAUCAACAUCAUCAAAUACUCUUGAUAAAUAUGUUAAAUAUGACUAUGAUGAACACGAUUUUAUUGUCUCAUUUAUUAUUCAACUACCAAGCGAAGGACAAUAUGGUAUUGAUUUAUAUGCACGUGAUCCAGAAUAUCAAACAGAAAAGCGAACGAUGUCACAUUGUUGCAAAUAUAUUAUCAAUUAUUCGAAAUCACCGAUGACUGCGACAGCACCUAAUAAUAAUAAUAAUAAUAAUAAUAAGAAUCCUCAUACAUAUAGUGAUUAUUCAUUUGAUCGUACAAAAUCAAAUGGACAACAGAAACUUAUUUCACCGCGUGUCAGUUCUGUUUUAAUUCAACCAGAACAAACUCGUUCACCGCGUUCAUCAUCAACAUCACGAGACAUGAAGAGUUCAGGAAAUUCUCCUUCAAUCCCAAUGCCUAAAAUAGGCGGAAACUCAAGUUUACUUUCUCAGUUCGGCAUGACUCCCAUCAGUCAUUCUGAUCCAUCAAUAACACUUCAUUCAACAAAUUCUGUUGAAUUACAAUUUCAAAUUUGUAAAAUGGUUGAUUUUUCAUUCGACCUUAUAUAUCAUCAAACAUUAUCUGAUCUUUCAUCACGUACACCAUUAAACAAUUUAAACCAACGUUUAAAUGCAUCAGAUUAUGUGACUAUUAAACCGAAUGGUGGUUUUAAUGUUAUAUUUGCAUUAAAUUUACCUAAACCAGGUGUUUAUACAUUUACAAUAUAUGCUGCAACAAUAAACCCUCGAAAUGAUGUACAAUUAAAUACAAAUGGACAUACAGAUUUACCAGCUGUGUAUACUUAUUUACUUCGAUAUGUUUAG